AUGAUGUUCGCUUAUCAUCCAGGUAUGUUAUCACAAGUUUUUUAAUAAUGUUUUAGGGUUAGCUAGUUAAUCAGUAUAAGAAAUGUGUCCAAAUUUAAUUUAGUUGCCUGUUUUGUUAUAGGAAAGAAUUAAUUAUAGCUUUAAAUUUGUUACUUAGACCUUUUAUUAUAUUAUGUUAGAAGUAGAACGACUUGACCCAGCUUUUUUGAGCGAAAGUUGACCCAAAAAAUGUUUGGAUCAUUUUUUGGAUAAUAUUUUAUGUGUAGGCUUUUUACUUGAGCAUAGUCGUUUGGAUAUUGUUUCUAUACUAAAAACACUCGUGACUUUGAUAAUCAGUUGCCGAUUUGUUAUUGCUUGUUAGCUUGAUAAACUAACAUCAAAGAACAGUUUUUCUGUUAGUGUAAGUUACUUUAUUACAAGCAGGUCGAUCCUUCUAAAAGAUAUAUAAAUUUGCGGUUAGAAAAGGUAAUUUGGGAUGUUUUUUGAGGAACAAACGUUUCACUCUCGAUCUUGCUGGCGAGAUAUCUUGAGGCGAUCCGAACUAAAGGUGAAAAGACGGGCCUUUUUAUUGUUAUCUUGUUUUAACGGGUUUUAAUUUGUAGGCAUUUAGAGGUUGAUUUUAUUAAUAAUUUUGAAACUAUAAACUUGUCUUUUAUUUCUUAAAACUUUUUAAAAUUAGAGCUGUCUAUAUUAGUUUAGGUGAUUUACUCCUUGAUUUCAGUUAUGCAAAAGGGAGCCAACGGUGUGGACUUUGUGCCGAAAGGAGUGUGGAUGAUUGAUCCUUCAGCUUUGGCUAAUAUGGGCGGAAAAUUUCCCGCUGGAAACAUUUUCGGGUAUCUUCCGGCUGAAUUGGCAGGCGCUGGCGUUCCACCAAUGUUGCCGUUUGGACAACCUCUCCAGAUGGGCUUUGUACAGGAGGAGCCGACUCAAUUGAGAAAGCUCUUUAUAGGCGGCUUAAAUCACGAAACCACGGAUGAUCAGGUGUGCCAUUAAAUAUACCUUACCUAUGAUUAGUUUAGUUCAAAAAAUUUUUAGUUUGCAUAUUACAGAUAUUUCAAUAAUGGUAUAAGUAUAUAUAACUAAAUAUUUAAAUUUUUUUUUAAUUUCUCUAUUGUUUUAGCUCCGUGACUACUACUCACAAUGGGGCACGGUUGUCGACUGUAUUGUUAUUCGCGACCCUGUAACCAAACAUUCUCGAGGAUUUGGGUUUGUCACUUAUGCCACGAUAAAAAUGGCCGAGCUUGCUAUGGCGGAACGGCCGCAUACGAUAAACGGGAAGGUAGUAGAUCCAAAACGAGCUAUUCCUCGUGAGCACAUGUUACCCUUGACGCCGAACAACCCUCCUCACUUCUUGGAAGCAGAACCUCCAGCUGGCUGUAAAAUUACUUUGACUGGUAAGAGUUUAAUGGUAUUUUUAUACUUCGAAUUUUAGGUAUUCAUUGGGAUUACCACACUGUUGACGGGCUCCGACAACAUUUUGAAAAGUUUGGGUCAGUCGAACAAGUUGAGAUUGUCGGGCAUCCAAGAGGCUUUGGAUUCGUUGUUUUUGAAGACAAGGCUUCAGCAGACAAAUGCUUGCAGUCCGGGAAGAGCCAUCUUGUCAAUGGGAAACGUGUUGAAGUCAAGGUAUGUUCUUAUUUAUAUAUUACUUUAGAAGAGUUAUAAAACGAGUGUAAAGUGUUUCUACUUUUAAUGUUUGGAUAGUUUACCUAUGGUCUUUGAAUAGAAAGAAAAAGUCUUAACUUAUUUUUCUUUUAGGAAAACGUCGAAACGAAUCCACCACCUCCAGCUCGGCGUCAGAACAAGAACUCUCCGGACCGUAGACGAGGCAACUUCAACUCACGUCAACAUCACAGCAGCCAGUCGAGUCAGGCGACCAGUGUGGACACGAACGGGCCUACUCUGUCAGACAAGGACUUCCCCGACCUUCGAGGCAAUUAA